UGGGGUGCCGGACGCCGAGCUCAGCAAAUGCCGCUUUCUCCUUUAGUCUUCAGGUCCCAGCUCUUGCAUCCCUGGAGUUACCAUUGUCGUGACGCUCUUUCCUAUCCCUCUGUCACUUUGAUUGUUCGAUGGGAGGGAAAAUUAGAACCUCUAAGUUAGGCAUCUCGUAGGCACCUGGCAAUGAAAUCGGCAGUGGAGGUGGGGUCCUUUGCUCGCGCCGAAAUUCAAAGGCAUAAAUAUUUCCGGCCUGGGUGUAGAUCGUGGAGCGAGUGUCUUAGCCACUAUGUUGCAAUUCGCUUAGUAGCGCCCAAGGCCAGGCAAGGGUGAACCCAGUCUCUGUUCUUGUGACCAGGAGUAGCUUGUGGGGAGCCUCAAGCCCGGAGGGCCUGGCGCAGUGGUGAGGCAGAACUGCUUUGUGGCCUGUUUGAUUCCUAGCAGUUUACCUGUCCAAGUCAGUAGUGAAGAUGCAUGUUAAGUCAAUCAUUCUUGAGGGAUUUAAGUCCUAUGCUCAGAGGACUGAAGUCAAUGGUUUUGACCCCCUCUUCAAUGCUAUCACCGGUUUAAAUGGUAGUGGGAAAUCCAACAUAUUGGACUCCAUCUGCUUUUUGCUGGGCAUCUCCAACCUGUCUCAGGUUCGGGCUUCUAAUUUACAAGAUUUAGUUUACAAAAAUGGGCAGGCUGGUAUUACCAAAGCCUCCGUGUCAAUCACAUUUGAUAAUUCUGACAAAAAGCAAAGUCCUUUAGGAUUUGAGGUUCAUGAUGAAAUUACGGUAACGAGGCAGGUGGUUAUUGGUGGUAGAAAUAAAUAUUUAAUCAAUGGAGUAAAUGCAAACAAUACCAGAGUACAAGAUCUCUUCUGUUCUGUUGGCCUUAAUGUUAACAACCCUCACUUUCUCAUCAUGCAGGGCCGAAUUACAAAAGUAUUGAACAUGAAACCUCCAGAGAUUUUAUCCAUGAUAGAAGAAGCAGCUGGAACCAGGAUGUAUGAAUACAAAAAAAUAGCUGCCCAGAAAACUAUAGAAAAAAAAGAGGCUAAGCUGAAAGAAAUUAAGACGAUACUUGAGGAAGAGAUUACUCCAACCAUUCAAAAAUUAAAAGAGGAAAGAUCUUCCUACUUGGAGUACCAAAAAGUAAUGAGGGAAAUAGAACAUUUGAGUCGUUUAUAUAUUGCUUAUCAGUUUUUGCUGGCUGAAGAUACAAAAGAACGCUCAGCUGAGGAGUUAAAAGAAAUGCAAGAUAAAGUUGUAAAGCUUCAAGAAAAAUUGUCUGAGAAUGAUAAAAAAAUAAAAGCACUUAGCCAUGAAAUAGAAGAGUUGGAAAGAAGAAAAGAUAAGGAAAUUGGAGGUAUACUCCGAUCUUUAGAAGAUGCUCUUGCAGAAGCUCAGCGAGUUAAUACUAAAUCUCAAAGUGCCUUUGAUCUCAAGAAGAAAAAUCUGGCAAGUGAAGAGAACAAACGCAAAGAGCUGGAAAAAAAUAUGGUUGAGGAUUCUAAAACUUUAGCAGCAAAGGAAAAAGAGGUUAAGAAGAUAACAGAUGGGCUGAAUGCCCUUCAGGAAGCAAGUAAUAAAGAUGCCGAAGCUUUGGCUGCGGCACAGCAGCACUUCAACGCUGUUUCCGCUGGACUGUCUAGUAAUGAAGAUGGAGCAGAAGCAACUCUUGCCGGUCAAAUGAUGGCCUGUAAAAACGACAUAAGUAAAGCUCAGACAGAAGCCAAACAGGCUCAGAUGAAGUUGAAACAUGCCCAACAAGAAUUAAAGACUAAACAAGCUGAAGUUAAGAAGAUGGAUAGUGGCUAUAGGAAGGAUCAAGAAGCUUUAGAAGCUGUGAAGAAACUUAAAGAAAAACUUGAAGCUGAAAUGAAAAAGCUAAAUUAUGAAGAAAACAAAGAGGAAGGACUUCUGGAAAAGCGCAGGCAGUUAUCUCGUGAUAUCAGUAGAUUGAAAGAAACAUAUGAAGCUCUCUUAGCCAGAUUUCCCAAUAUUCAAUUUGCCUACAGGGAUCCAGAGAAGAACUGGAAUAGAAAUUGUGUGAAAGGACUUGUAGCUUCUCUGAUUAGUGUGAAAGAUACUUCUGCAACGACAGCUUUAGAAUUGGUGGCUGGGGAAAGGCUCUACAAUGUUGUAGUAGACACAGAGGUGACUGGAAAAAAGCUACUAGAAAAGGGGGAAUUGAAGCGUCGAUACACUAUAAUUCCACUGAAUAAGAUUUCAGCCAGAUGUAUUGCUCCAGAAACUCUGAGGGUUGCACAGAAUCUUGUUGGCCCUAACAAUGUUCAUGUAGCUCUUUCCCUUGUUGAAUACAAACCAGAACUUCAGAAAGCAAUGGAAUUUGUCUUUGGAACAACAUUUGUUUGUAAUAAUAUGGAUAAUGCAAAAAAAGUGGCCUUUGAUAAAAGGAUAAUGACCCGAACUGUUACUCUAGGAGGUGAUGUAUUUGAUCCUCAUGGAACAUUGAGUGGAGGUGCUCGAUCCCAGGCAGCUUCUAUUUUAACCAAGUUUCAAGAACUCAAAGGUGUUCAAGAUGAGCUGAGAAUUAAGGAGAAUGAGCUACAGGCUCUAGAUGAGGAAUUAGCAGGUCUUAAAAACACAGCUGAAAAGUAUCGCCAACUAAAACAGCAGUGGGAGAUGAAAACUGAGGAGGCAGAUUUAUUACAAACCAAGCUCCAGCAAAGCUCCUAUCACAAGCAACAAGAAGAAUUAGACGCCCUUAAAAAAACCAUUGAGGAAAGUGAGGAGACUUUAAAAAACACCAAAGAAAUUCAGAAAAAAGCAGAAGAAAAAUAUGAAGUAUUGGAGAAUAAAAUGAAAAAUGCAGAAGCUGAAAGAGAGAGAGAACUGAAGGAUGCUCAGAAAAAACUGGAUUUUGCCAAAACAAAAGCAGAUGCUUCUAGCAAGAAAAUGAAAGAAAAACAACAGGAAGUUGAAGCUAUCACUCUGGAGCUGGAAGAGCUCAAGAGAGAGCAUGCAUCCUAUAAACAACAGCUUGAAGCUGUAAAUGAAGCUAUCAAAUCCUAUGAAGGUCAGAUUGAAGUAAUGGCAGCUGAGGUGGCUAAAAAUAAGGAGUCCGUAAAUAAAGCUCAAGAAGAGGUGACCAAGCAAAAAGAAGUGAUAACAGCCCAAGACAAUGUAAUUAAAGCUAAAUAUGCUGAAGUUGCAACACACAAGGAACAAAACAAUGAUUCUCAGCUUAAAAUUAAGGAACUGGACCACAACAUCAGCAAACAUAAACGGGAAGCUGAAGAUGCUGCUGCAAAGGUUUCCAAAAUGUUGAAGGACUAUGACUGGAUUAAUGCAGAGAAACACCUCUUUGGGCAACCUAAUAGUGCCUAUGAUUUCAAAACCAACAACCCAAAAGAAGCUGGUCAGAGACUUCAGAAGUUGCAAGAAAUGAAGGAGAAACUAGGAAGAAAUGUCAACAUGAGAGCUAUGAAUGUACUGACAGAAGCUGAAGAGCGGUAUAAUGACUUGAUGAAGAAGAAGAGAAUUGUAGAAAAUGAUAAAUCCAAAAUCCUUGCAACUAUAGAAGACCUUGACCAGAAGAAAAACCAAGCCCUAAAUAUUGCGUGGCAAAAGGUUAACAAGGACUUUGGGUCUAUUUUUUCUACUCUUUUGCCUGGUGCUAAUGCUAUGCUUGCACCACCAGAGGGGCAAACUGUAUUGGAUGGUCUGGAGUUCAAGGUUGCUUUAGGAAAUACUUGGAAAGAAAACCUAACUGAACUUAGUGGUGGUCAGAGGUCUUUAGUGGCUUUGUCAUUAAUAUUGUCCAUGCUCCUCUUCAAACCUGCUCCAAUUUAUAUCCUGGAUGAGGUAGAUGCGGCCUUGGACCUUUCUCACACCCAAAACAUCGGACAAAUGCUGCGGACUCAUUUCACGCAUUCUCAGUUCAUUGUGGUGUCCCUAAAGGAGGGUAUGUUCAACAAUGCAAAUGUCCUGUUCAAAACCAAGUUUGUGGAUGGUGUUUCUACAGUAGCCAGAUUUACUCAGUGUCAAAAUGGAAAGAUUCCUAAGGAAACUACAUCCAAGGCAAAAGGACCCAAAUGACCACCUUUGAAGCUAAAAGUACAGAUUUACUCCUUUACCUUGACCUGUUUUUUAAACAUAAAGACCUUGGGAUUUACUUAUUUAUGUAAAAUGUAAUGUUGUUUUGUUACUUAACCUGUAUUUUCUCUUCCUUUAUGUAAUCACUUAUAAAUGAACAUAGAUGCCUCUUUUCUUAAUCAGUGUAACUAUGGUCCAAUUACUGUGAUUGUGAUUUUAUGCAUGUCCUCAAAUGUUUUUUCUUACACAAUUCUUUAUACUAGGGAGCCUGGGAUACCUGGUUGUGGUGCAUUGUUUGUAAAAGCUAAAAAUAAAAAGAAACAGAUGGAAUUAAGUUAUAAGAUAAAUAUAGCUGCUAGUCAGCUUUUAAUUAGUUUAAUUCCUAAGGUAAUAUUCAUGUGUUUUCUGUUGUUAAGAAAGUCAUUUAGGUAAGAAUUAUAAAGCAAGUAAGUGUCUGGACCAACAAAGGGAACACACAGGAAGCUGUUAGGCAUGCACCAAGCUAUUUGUUGUUAGUUCUGUGAAGAUACAAUGGCAGAGCCCUGAUUGAGACCCAGAUGGGAAACCUUUGGAAAGAUUCUCUCACUUUAAUGAUGUUUGGAGAUCAUGUUUCUAUAUGCUUAGUAAUUGGUCUGUGCAAUCUUAAGUUUUUAAAAAAUCUUCACUAGUAUUUUAAUAGAAGCCUGGGAGAAGGUAUGUUGCAUUAAGUCUCCUCAUGUUUUCAAAGAUUUUUGUUAUUAGCCUUUUCAUAAUCCAAUUAAUAACAGUCUGUUGGUGAAUGAGAAUGUAGGAGCCAGCAGACUAAACCAAAUUUAUCUUUUUCCUUGAGUCUGAUGAAUAUAUAAAUAGAUCCAUCCAUUCUA